CUCCACUUUUUUGCUACAAUGGCAUUGAAAUAUUUCCAAAAUGCUAAAACUUCCAAGGCCUAAAAAUGUCAAAUAUUGUUCAGAGCAAUGAAAGUUUUUUAGAAAAUAAGUCAAGUUGUUUGCAAUUUCUAGUGAAUUUUAGCAUGCCAAAUUGGUAUUAUGAAAAGAAAGAUCUUCGCAACACACCGUCGAUUCAGGAUGGAAUCGAUUUUGAUACCGAACGGCGUUAUCGAAAAGAGGGUGCUCGAUUUAUUAUGCAAACCGGAACAUCGAUGGGAUUAGGACACAACACUGUUGCGACCGGCGUUGUUUAUUUUCAUCGCUUUUAUAUGUUUCACUCUUUCAAAACUUUUCCGCGCUAUGUUACGGCAUGUUGCUGCCUGUUUCUGGCUGGGAAGGUAGAGGAAACUCCGAAAAAAUGCAAGGAUAUAAUAAAAACAGCACGAUCACUUCUUACGGAUCAGAAGUUUGUAUCAUUUGGCGAAGAUCCAAAAGAGGAAGUCAUGACACUGGAACGAAUUCUACUACAAACUAUCAAAUUUGAUUUGCAAGUUGAACAUCCAUAUUCAUUUUUGGUAAAAUAUGCUAAGUGUCUUAAAGGAGACAGCACCAAGCUUCAAAAAAUGGUUCAAAUGGCUUGGAACUUUGUCAACGAUUCAUUGAGUACCACGGUUUCACUUCAGUGGGAACCGGAAAUUAUUGCUGUAGCACUAAUCUACUUGGCUAGUAAGUUGAGUAAAUUUACCGUAUUAGAUUGGGUGGGCAAACAACCAGAACAUUUAAAGUGGUGGGACAUGUUUGUGCAAGAUGUGACAAUGGAAAUACUUGAAGAUAUAUGUCAUCAAGUUCUAGAUCUUUAUCAGCAGCCUAACAACGAAACGCCGCCAGAUAGUCCACCACAGCUACCUCCAAGCAAAGCGUCACCGCCAGCUAAACGAGCUAAUAUUUCACCAAUAGCGACUAAAAAUUCGCCUACGAUAGGAAGCACUCCUGUAAAGACGGCGCCCCCUGUACCUCCCGUUGUGGUAGAGAUGGAAGCCAAUCCCAUACCAAAACACAUCACGACGGACAAUACGCAGCAUGGUAGCUACAGUAAUUAUCCUGUUUACCCUAUUCAUCAAGGACCUCCCCCAUCAGCUCAGCCACAUGUUAGCGGUCCCUCAAGUAGUUACAACACUAGUGUUCCACCUCCUGGUCCACCACAACCGCCAAGUCAAUCAUGGCAGCCUUAUACUCAUCAACAUACGAAUAAUUACUAUCAAUCUGCCUCGGGUGGUAACCGGAACAACUAUUAUCCCCAGCAAUAAUGAACAGUAAGGCAAAAUUUGAUUCAAAAUAAAUCGAAGGAAGAAGUAAUUGUUCUAGUUGAUUAAAACUAACAUGUUUGUCCCAUUAGGGGACCCUCAAUUGUGGGAUCCACCAAGAAAACUCGCUUGCUAAGCUAGUCUAGUUUUUCUUUCUUUGAAUGACAUGCGUAGAAUUUAAUUUCGAAAAUCAAUAUGCAAAUUGUAUUUUAAACACUGAAAUUGUAUUGUGUAACUGAAAGCAUCUCUUUCGAAAAUGAAACUGAUUAAAAAUAAAUCAGCUAAGGAGCCUCAUGAGAUGUAAAAUUCAACUCGCUUCGCCGGCAGUCACCGACGAGGCGAGCAAAAUGUUGUAUUAGGGAUUGCGAGUAAAACCACAAAUGGACGGUAGCAAUGGGCGAUAUUAUAUCGGUAUCGGAAAUAUCGAUACUUUUGAGACGAUAUUUCGAUUUUUUGGAUCGAUACACAAGCGUCCGAUACUCGACCGUAUCGAUACUGAAAACCGCGAUAUUUGUAUCGAGAUUCUUUUAUGCAAACGGACCACCUAGCUGACAUGUUACAAGGGCUGUGUGUACAUGUGUACACGAGAUCACCGCCACUUUUGAUACGCUAUGUUAUGCUGUCUGUCAGCGUCAGUGGAGCCCACACAUCGUAGAACCGCUGCGAUGUUGGCUGCGAUAAAGCAAAGCAAAUCGGAUGGAGAUGCCAGCUAGUUGAUACGAGUUGGAACCACUGAAAAGCUGCCACUGUCAGUAUAAGUAUCGCACAAGUCUAUUUGCACUAGCAAAACUUAAGCCUGUAUUACACUCUUUGACCAAGCGGACGAGGGAAAUUUUUUUCUAAUUCUAGUCACACCUUCUAUUCCCGUUCAUCUUCGCAUUCCCGCGAAACUACAUACAUUGCCCGCUUUACUAAACUUAAAAACAAAAAGUCGGCACAUCAAAUUUUCAUUGCUGGAAACCACCAAAAUUUUGCUGAUUUUUGGUGUGCUGUUCUUCCAGCAAUCUGUUCAGCAAAAUGAAAUUUGCUAAUUAUUCAGUAAUGCUCAAUUGCAUAAAAGUGACAGGUCGUUUGCUGCAUGUUCGGUAAAACAAAAUACAACUUGCUGGUUGUCAGCUAUGACAAUUUGCUGUUCAUUCAGCAAAGCAUAAAUCAAUUUGCUGGUUAACCAGUUAAUUCAAGGGAACCAUGUUUCCGUCAAGCACCAGAUUCCAUCCGCCCAUCGGAUCAUAGGCAAAUUACUGUUGAACUAGAGAUGUAUGAUUAUCAUUUCAACUUUUAAGUUCAUCUAGCCCAACAAGGACUUAGCUAUGGUCCCAUAUUCACUAUCAGGAGCUUAGCGAUGAUCCCGUACCAGCUGCACAGCGAUUUGGCACGUUUUACUAAUGACAGCUUGACGUAAAUUUUUUGACAUAUCAAUUCUUUUGCUGGAUUCCAGCAACCAUUCAUUUACUGUUUUCUGUUCAGCAAAUAGUUUUGCUGUAUUUUCGCGAAUCACUGAAUCCGCGAACCACUCAAUAUCAAUUUUCAAUUUCCCGGUUUUUUCCCGGUUUUCUCGAUGAUAUUUAGUGAAAUUUCCCGGUGUUUUAUUUUUAAAACAUAUGAGAAAAAAAUCAAUUUUCACAUGCUUAUUUGUGCCUUGCAAAAAUAGUGUUACAAAACUAUGAAAAACAUUCCUCCUUCAUCGUGUUUAGCUGUUUGUCGACUUUAGCAAGUACCUUCAUGGUGAUCUGCUGCACAAUUUUCGCCCUCUUUAUCUCCAAAUCGUUGACAAUCUUUGCCUUCUCGCGCUUUUUUGCUUCCUUCUGCAUCUUUCUCUGUCAACCUUCUCUCGAGCUUGCAGUGCUUCUGUAUCAGGAUGCCAAUGAAAUGCGUGGGAUAAAUUCAAGAGUUGGGGCAUAGAGUUUUUGUCUUCUAGAAAAAUGUCCUCAGGCAAAACUUCAAGCGGACUUUGGGAAGAAGAGCCUCAGAGUGACCAAUGAAAAAAAUGCACAUGAAACUGUCUAGAUGCAUUUUGCAAAAUGCAUGAAACGUUGAGAUCUGUUAUUUCAAAACAAUUUUUUUUUUCGAAAAACUUCGAUCCUGGGACUUUAAAAUUUUCGAGCUGGGGUCAAUGUAAUGUAUAAGAAAUUUUGUCAUGGUCCGUAAAAUAAAUUCA